CUUGCUGGCCGGGACAUGGCAUGGUGGCCAAUCGGAGCCUCUCUGUUCGCCAGCAGCGAGGGCUCGGGGCUCUUCAUCGGGUUGGCCGGGACCGGUGCUGCCGGGGGAAUCGCUGUCACCGGCUUCGAGUGGAACGCGACGUACGCCCUGCUGGCACUGGCCUGGGUCUUCGUUCCCGUCUACAUCUCGGCUGGGAUCGUCACGAUGCCCGAGUACCUCCAGCGGAGGUUUGGAGGCGAGAGGAUCCGCAUGUACCUCUCGGGCCUGUCGCUCCUGCUCUCCAUCUUCACCAAGAUCUCUACCGACCUGUACUCUGGGGCCCUGUUCGUGCACGUCUGCCUGGGCUGGAACCUCUACCUCUCCACCGUCCUGAUGCUGCUGGUCACGGGGCUCUACACCAUCGCAGGGGGGCUGGCGGCCGUCAUCUACACCGACACGCUGCAGACGCUCAUCAUGGUCCUUGGAGCCAUCGUGCUGGCUGUGAGAGCUUUUAAUGAGAUCGGAGGCUACCCCAACCUGGAAGAGGCCUACUUAAAAGCCGUGCCGUCCAAGAUUGUUCCCAACACGACCUGCCACCUGCCCAGAGCGGAUGCCAUGCACCUCUUCCGAGACCCAGUCUCUGGAGAUCUGCCUUGGACUGGGAUGACGUUCGGGCUGUCUAUCAUGGCCGCGUGGUACUGGUGCACUGACCAGGUCAUCGUCCAGCGGUCCCUCUCUGCCAAGAGCCUGGGCCAUGCCAAGGCCGGCUCCAUCCUGGCCAGCUACCUGAAGAUGCUGCCCUUGUUCGUGAUCAUCAUGCCGGGGAUGAUCAGCAGGGUCCUGUACCCAGAUGCCGUGGCCUGUGUGGACCCCGAGGAAUGCACCCGUGUGUGCGGGGCCGCCGUGGGCUGCUCCAACAUCGCCUACCCCAAGCUGGUGGUGGAGCUGAUGCCCAGCGGGCUGCGGGGUCUGAUGAUCGCGGUGAUGAUGGCUGCGCUCAUGUCCUCCCUCACCUCCAUAUUCAACAGCAGCAGCACCCUCUUCACCAUGGACAUCUGGAGGAGGCUGAGGCCGGGGGCCGGCGAGCGGGAGCUGCUCUUGGUGGGCAGGGUGGUCACAGUGGUGCUGGUGGUCCUCAGCGUGGUCUGGCUCCCCAUCCUGCAGAGCUCCAGCGGCGGCCAGCUCUACGUCUACAUCCAGGCUGUCACCAGCUCCCUGGCUCCUCCUGUCACCGCAGUGUUCGUCCUGGCCGUCUUCUGGCCCCGCGCUAACGAGCAGGGAGCUUUCUGGGGCUUGAUGGCGGGGCUGGCGCUGGGGCUGGCCAGGAUGGGGCUGGAGCUGGCGUACCCCUCGCCCCGCUGCGGGGUCCCCGACCGGCGGCCCUGGCUGCUGGCCGACCUGCACUACCUGCACUUCGCCGUGCUGCUGUGUGCUGCCACGGGAGCCGUCGUGGUGGGGGGCAGCCUGCUGACCCCCCCGCCAUCCCCGGACAAGCUGCGGGAUCUCACCUGGUGGAGCCUGCCACGGAAGCCCCCCCGGCCCUCCAUGGACAGCACAUCCCAGGGACCCCUGGAUGGCCCCUGCUCAUCCGCCCCGGGCAGCCAGCAGCCACCAAAGGCUGAGGGACCCCCGGCUCUGAGGGACACCACGGAGCCCCCCAUCUGGGCCCGGGUCUGCAACAUCAACGCCGUUGUCCUGAUGUGCAUCAAUAUUUUCUGCUACGCCUAUUUUGCCUAG